UUGAAGAACACGUGUUGUCGAUAUACCGACGAUAAUGUGGAGGCAUCAGCGGAUCCGGUCGUGUCUUAUGGAUUGGUGUGGUGGGCGUACCGGCUCCUUCCUGGCUCGUGGGCGCGGGGCCUCCUUCAGCGCCUCCAUCAGAGGAUGUCCCUGCAGUAUUCGUCGCUUCCGGGCCCCACCACCUCGCUCCUCCUCGGCGGCUACACCGUGAAGCAUAUUUACAACGUGUCUCCUCCCCGUGACCCAACGCCUGUGAGCGUGACCGUGCUGACCUACGCUGACCAAGUUCACGUGUCCGUCGCCGCCCGGAGGUCACUGCCCUCCGCUCUCGCCAUCACCAAGGGCAUCCUCGCCGAAUUCGAGAAUCAGUGCCACCAGAUGGCCGACCUGCUCGCCAACCGCCGCAUUCCUGGAGAACAGCGCAGGAGUCUCAUCUUCUCCCUCAGCGAAAUCAACCACACGCAGCCUAUCUCCGACGUAAGUACUAAGUGAACGCACGCACGCACG